AUGAGCGCAGCAAAAACAGAUCCAGUGUACAGAAACGUCGCAGUCGUCUGGAAAGUGCGCGUAGCAGAUCAUGCAGCCGGGAGCAUCGACACCGUUCCAGAACACGAAAAGAGGGACAUCGCGAUCGAAAUAGACGUAGGAGUCAGAGGCGAGGCUGUCAACACCGACCAAGUCGUAGUACGGAAAGAAGGCAAGACGUCCGAAGUCGUUCUCGACGGAGCUACAGAAGCCUCAAUGGUUGAAGAGAUGUUGGAUGCUGACAUAAUUUGCGAGUCGAAUUCACCCUACGCCAGUCCUAUCCUACUGGUGAAGAAAAAAACCGGUGAUAAGAGGCUCUGCGUCGACUACAGGGCUUUAAACAGUAAAACACGCAAGGAACAUUAUCCCUUGCCCUUGAUCGACGAUCAGCUGGAUAGAAUUGCUCGGUGGUGGAUUCAGUUUCAGGAGUACGACUGUGAAAUAGAGUACAGACCUGGGGCGCGUAUGGCUCAUGUAGACGCACUCAGCCGGGGUCCUGUGACUGAAUCUGCCACCGAAAGCGACACACAUGUGCUAGACAUUCUUAAUAUUGACGUUAAGGAUUGGAUCGCAACGGUUCAGAGUGAUGACACUGAGAUUAAAAGGAUUAGAGAUAUUUUAGAGGAUGAAAAUACUAAAUUUGUUGCUGAUUUCGCUGUAACGCCAGAGCUGCUGCGAGACUUUAUGCUGAGCGAUACCCUAACCGCCGGCAUCCAGGUCAUGAGGUUUUUACGCGAACCCAUAGAGCCAUUUCUGACGGGCGUGUACCUGGGCAGCGUACGAGCGAAGGACGACCACAAACGGCAGAGGAAGAUAUUGUAUUGGACGAAGUUGAAGAAGACCCUUCAACUUCAGUGCGGAUGA